CCCCACGACCCUCUGCCCUCUGGCCUCCGCGCCGUCGAGCGUCGAUCUCCCCCCUUCGUCUCUCAACCCCCGACGAAGCCGCCAACUUCUCGCCUCCGCGAGAGAUGGAUCCCGACGCCGGCGGCUCCACCGCCGCUCCGCUGCCACCGGCAUCAACCGCAGGCGCGUCGGCGGCGUCGGCGACGGUGGCGGAGGAAGGCGGGGGCAAGCAGGUGAUGGUGGUCCUUGUGGGUCCCCCCGGCAGCGGCAAGUCCACCUUCGCCGAGGCCGUCCUAGGCGGCUCCGCCGCCGGCCGCACCUGGGCUCGCGUCUGCCAGGAUACAAUUGGAAAUGGCAAAGCUGGGACGAAAAUCCAGUGCUUGAAGGCUGCAGCAGAUGCUCUGAAGGAGGGCAAGAGUGUUCUCCUUGACCGUUGCAACUUGGAACGUGAACAGCGCGCUGACUUUAUGAAGCUUGGCAGCCAUGUACAUGUGGAUGUGCAUGCCGUUGUCUUGGAUCUCCCUGCAAAGGUUUGUAUAUCGCGCUCAGUAAGCCGGACGGGCCAUGAAGGAAACCUGCAAGGUGGGAGGGCUGCCAUGGUUGUGAACCGCAUGCUGAAGAACAAGGAAACACCAUUGCUGACUGAAGGUUUCAGUCGAAUCAUGUUCUGUAAGGAUAACAACGAAAUUAAAAAGGCUGUUGACAUGUAUAGUGCAUUAGGGCCUUCAGAUAGUCUUGAUUCUGGAGUUUUCGGUCAGAAUAGCAAAGGGCCUGUACAAGUUGGCAUAAUGAAAUUUCUAAAGAAACCAGGAAGCUCUGCUGAAAAAUCCGGUGGACAUAAGGUUACACCGAAUGAAAGCAUACCGCAAAUGCAAAAUCAUAUUUCAGAACAGCAGAACCUUGAAGUUGGUGGUACCUGCACAGUGGAAUCUGUAAAGGAGUUGAGCAAUAGCAAGAAAAUUGAAGACCAAAGUAGAGAGAGUGUUCUGUCUGAUAUCAGUUCGCGCACUCUGGCAUUUCCAUCAAUUUCUACUGCUGACUUUCAGUUUGAUCUUGAUAGAGCAUCAGACAUUAUAGUAGAUGCAGUGGCUGACAUCUUGCAGAAAUAUGAUAAUAUAAGACUAGUUCUUGUAGACCUAAGCCAUAAAUCAAGAAUACUGUCAUUGGUCAAGGAAAAGGCUGCUAAGAAGAACAUUAACUCCAGCAGGUUUUUCACUUUUGUGGGAGAUAUAACUCAGCUGCAAUCAAAAGGAGGCCUUCGAUGCAAUGUGAUUGCCAAUGCUGCCAACUGGAGGUUAAAACCUGGAGGUGGAGGGGUUAAUGCAGCAAUAUACAAUGCCGCUGGGGAAGAUUUACAACGUGCAACCAAAGAAUGCGCGGACACAUUGAGACCUGGGAGCUCUGUUGCUGUCCCACUUCCAUCAACUUCUCCUCUGCAUCAAAGGGAAGGUGUGACCCAUAUCAUACAUGUGCUUGGGCCAAACAUGAACCCAAUGCGACCGGAUUGUCUGAAGAAUGACUAUACAAAAGGUUCUAAGAUUCUCCAUGAGGCAUAUACAUCACUUUUUGAGAACUUUGUAGCCAUUGUCCAGAGCUGCAUGGGGAAGCAGAACACCGAGCCUGCUUUAGAAAAGCCAGCAACUGCAGUGACAUCACCUAAUGAUUCAAAAACGAAGCGAGAGUGCAACCAUGAUUCUGAGAGGACCAAAAAACACAAGUUGGUUCAACCCAAUACAUCCUCAAAUCAGGCUAGAGAGGGAGAUAGCAAGAGGAGUGGUGUUACCACUACUAAGACUUGGGGAUCCUGGGCCCAAGCUCUUUAUGAGCUUGCGAUGCACCCAGAAAAUUACAAGAACUCUGAUUCUCUCCUAGAGAUAUCUGAUGACUUCGUUGUUCUGAACGACCUCUAUCCCAAGGCCAAAAGGCAUGUUUUGGUUGUAUCUAGGAAGGAUGGUCUUGAUUCUCUAGCAGAUGUCAAGAAAGAACACUUACCUUUGCUGAGGAGAAUGCAUUCUGCUGGAGUGAAAUGGGCACAGAAGUUCCUAGAGGAAGAUUCAUCUUUGGUAUUCAGACUCGGAUACCAUUCGGUUCCAUCCAUGAGGCAAUUGCACCUGCACAUCAUAAGCCAGGACUUCAACUCUGCCAGUUUGAAGAACAAGAAACACUGGAACUCCUUCACCACAACAUUUUUCCUUGAUUCUGUUGAUGUCAUUGAAGAAAUCGAUCAGCGUGGAUCAGCAACUAUCAGCAGUGACGACAGGGUGCUCGCAAUGGAGCUUCGUUGCCACAGAUGCAGGAGUGCCCAUCCAAAUAUCCCAAAGCUCAAAUCCCACAUUGCAAGCUGUAAAUCGUCCUUCCCCUCCCAUCUUCUGCAGAAAGAUAGGCUGUUGUCAUCAUCGACAAUGCAUAUGGAUUGCACUUAGAACUCUGCGACCAAUGGUCCUUCCAAGCACAUUUUGUGUUUCGUGCUUCCAGAAGGAUAGGAAAUUAGGAAGGAAUCUAGUUUUUCCUUGUUAUGCCUGUCUUGCAGAAUCCUGCCUUGUGAACAAACUGCAGUGCAUCUGAUCGUUAAAAAGAAAAACAGAGAUCUGAAGUGUUGCAAGCCCUUUCUUACAAA